AUGACUCUGAAAGGUCACAAGAGAGGCGUUGCUGCCGUGAGAUUCUCGCCGAAUGGCAAAUGGAUCGCUAGCUGCUCCGCCGACUGCACCAUCAAAGUUUGGAAUGCGCAAACGGGAACCCUGGUACACACUCUCGAAGGUCACCUUGCCGGCGUCUCCACCAUAUCAUGGGCUCCCGACUCGAUUGUGCUCGCAUCGGGUUCCGACGACAAAUCAAUUAGGCUUUGGGAUGUCAGGACGGGAAAAUGCAUGCCGACAGCUUUGACUGGUCACCACAACUACGUAUACAGCAUCGCCUUCUCGCCGAAAGGCAAUAUGCUGGUCAGCGGAUCCUACGAUGAAGCAGUCUUCCUAUGGGAUGUACGGACGGCAAGAGUCAUGAGGUCGCUACCUGCUCAUUCCGACCCUGUGUCUGGUGUCGAUUUCGUGCGGGAUGGUACCUUGGUCGCAUCAUGCUCAAGCGACGGUUUGAUCCGAAUAUGGGAUUCCAACACGGGACAGUGUCUGAAGACGCUGGUUCACGAAGACAACGCACCGGUAACAUCAGUACGCUUCUCACCCAACGGUAAAUUCGUGCUUGCGGCAACACUCGAUUCAAGCGUGCGAUUGUGGAAAUAUGUGGAGGGCCGAUGCAUCAAGACAUAUCAAGGACACAAGAACCAGAAAUACAGCAUCAAUGCGUGUUUCGGUACAUACGUGAGUGAGCAGGAGGAUGGAGAGGAAUGGGCGUUUGCCAUGUGUGGCGAUGAAGAGGGCAAGGCGAUGAUAUGGGAUGUCAAUACGAAGAAGGUGUUGCAGGUCUUGACAGGGCAUCAAGGGGUUGUGCUUGGAGUGGAUAGCAACCCAGACAGCUCAUUGGUGGCGACUUGUGGGCUGGACGGAAGCAUCAGAGUGUGGAAGAACAGCUCCAGCAAGUGA